AUGUCAUCAUUUGAUGCUGCCUUAGAUCUACUCAGAAGACUUGACCCUAUCAAGAUUGAAGAACAUCUGGGUCAAUUGAUCCAACUAGACCCAUCACUAGCGGAAGAUUUGUUGGCUUCCGUCGACACUCCCUUGCAAGUGAAGAAAGAUCCCAAUGCAGCGCAAAAAGAGUUCUUGGCCUGUGAUUACAAUAGAGACAUCGAUUCACACCGCUCUCCGUGGUCGAACAAGUACGUGCCAGCGUUGUCGGCCGCUGAUUUGGAGGAAUCGCCUUUUCCAACGGACUCCGUAAGACGCAUGGAGGAACUCGCUAACGACUCUUUCGACAUAUAUCGCGACCUGUACUACGAGGGGGGAGUGUCGUCCGUGUACAUGUGGGAUCUGGGCGACGAUACUGAGGAUUUUGCCGGCGCAGUGCUGUUGAAAAAGGGCGGUCAAAGUCACAGCUCGUGGGACGCUAUUCACGUUUUCGAAGCAGGUCAAAACGAUGAUACACGCCAAUGGGACUACCGAGUUACUACAACAAUCAUCCUUCACCUAGAUUCGGGCUCUGAGAUGCGCCUCUCGGGUAAUUUGACUAGACAAACCGAAAAGAGUGUGGCCAAACCAGUUUCGGUAGCAGAAGGUUCUGACGCUUACAAAGUGUGGCACAUAUCGAAUCUCGGCUCUCUCGUUGAAGACGUCGAGUCUCAGAUGCGUAACCAAUUGGAAGUGGUCUACUUUGACAAGUCUAGAGACAUUUAUCGCGAGCUUAGGGAUCAGACCCAAGUGUCAAGCUCCAACACCCGCUCGGCACAUGAAGAUGUCGUAAAAGGUCUUCAAGGCAUGUAG